UCCUCAUCAAUAAUUCCAGGCAAGAUCAUGUGACAAAAAGUGUGUCAGUGACAGACUGGUUUUGGCUGCUUCUUCUCUUUACUCUUCUACUGACUUGGUCGAGCUUUUCCGAGUUCUUCCCGACCGCCUCAUUCCUUUCCUUCAUUUCUUCAUCUUCUUUCAAUCUCCAUCCUUAACCACUCCGACAGCCGCCGCUUUGUUCUUCAAUCCACAAUCAUUAUGGCUACAUCCGAUGAGUUAAUUAAGGCAAUGGAUGAGCCUCCUGUUUCUGAGAGGCCAUCGAAUGAACCCAUUGGAGGAGAAGCAACAGAGCUGCCAGUUACUCCGUUCAUGGAAAAUGGUAUAAAGGAGGAGUUCGAUGCAGCUGACAAUAAAGGAGAAGUGAUACAAAAAGAGAGUCUGGAGGUUCCACAAAAUGUAGAAGAACAAGCAUCAGAGAUUGUGGGCCUUGUUCCAAAAGCACAAGACGAAUCAUCAGUAAUGGCAGAGUGUGGCAAGGGUCCAGCAGACAAGGAAGCAGAGAACAAUGUUCCAGAACAACCUGAUGAACCACAAAACAAAGAAGCUGAAGCGAUUGAGGUUGUUCCAAUGGAAGAAAUGAUUGGAACAGCUGAAUCUCCAACACAACAGGAGUUUGUAAGUGCAGAGAAAGAGGCAAGUUGUGUUGUGGCAGAAGACACUACUGAAUCCAUUACAGCUUCCAAGAACAAAGAGCAGCAAAAUGAAGAACAUCCUGUGGUAGCAGGCAAGUCAUUAGUUGAUCUGAUAGCACAAACCAAGAUAGAAGAACCCCAAGUAGCAGGGCUUGAAGCUGCCAAUGUACCUGAGGUGGAAGUAAAAGAUGAACAAAUUGUGAGCACAAAGGGAGAAGUGCCAUCAAACCCCACUCAUAAGCAUUCGCACAAUCUCUUAUCCAAACUAAAACACUCAUUGGUGAAGGCAAGGAAGGCCAUCAUUGGGAAGUCACCCACCUCAAAAACUCUUUCCUCCCAACCAAAGGAUGAUAUUAAACUCAAGUGAUGCUCUGCACUUAAUAGCCAGAUUCAGAGUUAAGUACUUAUCAGAAUAUAUGUUGUGAGGAUUGGAUUUUUUUUUGCAUAGUUUCUUAUAGUUGCGAUGUAAAAUUUGAUAUUAUACCGUCAUGUGUACAUCGAUUUCAAAUUUGUGGAUUUUGUGUGUGAAGUGAUAAAGGUAUUACUUAGCGUGUUGUCUGUGGCUA